AUGACUCUCUUUCUUUCAGAGCUUCAUCGGCGAUUGCUUCUAGAUCAGAUCCUUCCGCCUUCCAUAUCGGUGCCCUCUGCCUUCCAGAUCAACGUCGGUCCCCACAACGAUCACACCUCGUUGAUUUCCGUCUAUUUCCUCCAUGAUUUAACCACAAACAUGAAGGCACAAACCUCCUCGGAGCAACCCCUUUCAGAAAACGAAUACAGUGAAGAUGGAGAAGCUUAUGCUUACCUGCUUAAUGUUCUUGCACCAGAACAUUGCAGCCCAGGCACAUUGGAUACCAAGGAUCCGACUGAAAGGGCAAAUUUGGUACUCGAGCAUACAAAAAAAAUGGAUUGCAAAAGAUACUUGGCUCCUAAAGAUAUCGUUGAAGGCUCUGCAAAUCUAAACCUUGCAUUUGUUGCACAUACUGUUCAAGAUUCACUUGGUAGGUAA